GUAAAUUCGUUGACGGCUCAUGGGAGUGUACCUGCCUCUUCAACAUGUCGCGCUGUCAGGGAACGCGCUCCCAAAUUUCUGGAAAUGACAUCCGUGAUUUUAUGUGAUGUCUGGGCGGAAUGAAAAGACCGCAAAAACCUGGAAAAAACAAGUUCGGCUCCCAUGUGAAUAACUGCAUGCGAUGAAGAAUUUGAUCUUGACGGUGAAGUGCACAUAAACUAUGGACGGUUAUGAUGACACUCUGUAUCGACUACGGUGUGUUUAAGGCGCUGGGGCGUGGUGGCAUGCGAUCUACCUGAGCGUGUGGGCUCCACCUGGAGGUGACAGGAUGCCGGUGCAGGCGGCACAAUGGACCGAGUUUCUAUCCUGCCCCAUCUGCUACAAUGAGUUUGACGGCAGCGAGCACAAGCCCAUCAGCCUGGGCUGCUCGCACACCGUCUGCAAGACGUGCCUGCACAAACUGCACCGCAAGGCCUGUCCUUUUGACCAGACAGCCAUUAGCACCGACAUCGAUGCGCUGCCGGUCAACUGUGCCUUGCUGCAGCUGGUGGGGGCGUCGGUUCCAAGGGGAGAGACUGUAAAUGUGGGCGGUGCUGAAGACACAAGACAUUAUGAAGUGUGCAGGAUGUGUGUAGAGGAGCUGGCACUGUAUCUCAAACCCAUAAGCGGAGGGAAAGGUGUGGUUGCGGCACUCAGUCAGAGCGCGCUCAGUAGACCCAUGCAGAGGAAGCUGGUGACCCUUGUGAACUGUCAGCUGGUUGAGGAGGAGGGGCGCAUGCGGGCGAUUCGGGCGUGCAGAUCUCUGGGUGAGCGCACAGUCACUGAACUGAUCCUACAGCACCAGAACCCACAGCAGCUCUCCGCCAACCUGUGGGCUGCUGUGCGGGCACGCGGCUGUCAAUUCCUCGGACCUGCCAUGCAGGAAGACGCUUUGAAGCUUGUGCUGCUGGCUCUAGAGGAUGGCUCGGCUCUGUCACGGAAGGUUCUGGUUCUGUUCGUGGUGCAAAAACUGGAAGCGCGGUUCCCUCAGGCCUCAAAGACCAGCAUCGGACAUGUAGUUCAGCUGCUGUACCGCGCCUCCUGCUUUAAGGUGACCAAACGGGAUGAAGACUCCUCCCUCAUGCAGCUGAAGGAGGAGUUUCGCACUUACGAGGCUCUUCGUCGUGAACACGAUGCUCAGAUUGUUCACAUCGCCAUGGAAGCGGGACUGCGUAUCUCACCCGAGCAGUGGUCCUCUCUGCUGUAUGGAGACCUCAUGCACAAAUCCCAUAUGCAGUCAAUCAUAGACAAGCUCCAGUCUCCAGAAUCCUUUGCAAAGAGCGUGCAGGAGAUCACUAUAAUCCUGCAGAGAACAGGAGAUCCAGCCAACCUCAACAGCCUCAGAGCUCCUCUGGAACUGCUCGCCGCCAUCGAUUACAACCCUGAUGCGGCUGCUCCGUCCUGGGGAGAACUGGAAAGUGUGUUAUUGGCCGUGAAGGUGAUCGUCCACGGGCUGGUGGAAUUCAUCCAAAACUUCAGCAAAAAGAGCCACGAAAGCUCUCAGGCUCAACCAAACAGCAAGUACAAGACCAGCAUGUGCAGAGACUUACGGCAGCAGGGCGGGUGUCCGAGAGGAGCCAGUUGCACUUUCGCUCACACACAAGAGGAACUGGAGAAGUACAGAAUAAGAAAUAGGAAAGCCAGUGGGGCGGUGAGACCCUUUCUCCCAGUUUCCACAGUAAUGCCCAAAGGGGGCACCAAAGGGGUAACUCCAGGGUCAGAAGUGGGCAUGGGUGAGCUGAAGAACUAUGAGACAGAGGCGACGUCAGGAGAGUCAUCUCCCACUCAGCUCAUCCCUAGAGGAGGAGACAACCAAGUCGAAACGCUCCUCAAUGGACUGCCUACUACCAGCCAAGAAAAAACGUCAAUCGGUCGCGGACAGUCUUCUGUGAUGGCUGUAGAGGAUAACUGUGGUCCUCAUAAACACAGGUCUGUUCUCGCGAGACCUCAUCCUGAGCUUUACUACUCUCAGGACCUGAGAACACUGUAUGACCUCCCACCGUACCACCACCCUCCCAUUCCUCCUCACAAGUCAUGUAGCACGCGUUUCCCUCGUUCCAACAAUGUACCCGAGUCCACGUUACCCCCUUCAGUGGGUUCCCUGUACCCGGAUCAGCACCCCUCAAUCCCUCCUCCAGACAGAUUAGGCCACGCCCCUAUUGGUCAUUCCUGUCCUUACUCUAUGUCCCACGGGCACGGCAUGUACGCGCCCGUCUACGACAGCAGACGCGGUUGGAGACCGCCGCUGUAUCCCAGGGAGGGAGGCCGGAGCAACUCGCUCCCUCAGGAAGUUUUCCAUUCCUCGGUCUACCAGCCGCCAAUCCGGGAGCGCUACAACUCGCUGGAUAGCCCCUACUGCAGCACAAUGGAUCAGCGGGCAGCGAUGCACAGGGAUUCGCACGCCCGUGUUCCUCUUGGGUAUGAGGAACUGUAUCGCCACAAACAGGAACAGUGGGCACAUCACCACGGCAACAUGAACAGACCUUCCCAACCGUCUCCUGUUUUCACUGUAGAUUUCUGCCCAGAGAAUCCUGAGGGUGUGGGUGCUGGCUGUAUGACUUGUAAGUGUCACGGUGGAGAAGAGAGUCUUGCCCACUACUCUCCCUGGUCGUGCGGCACCAUCAGCCCUUUUGAGUCAGAGCCCCACCAUUUGUCAACCCACUCCUGUUCCAAACAGCCAGAAGGGGAGAGCGGAUGCAAACGAUGGCUUCACAUGUUAGAGCCUUACAGGAGACUGAAAGAUGAAGAUCCCAUCAUUCCUUUCGGAGAGGGGCCAAUCAUUUCCAAAUGGGGAGCCAUUUCUCGAGCCUCUCGUACUGGCUAUCACACCACUGACCCGAUCCAAGCCACCGCCUCACAGGGAAGCGUCGGUACAACAUCAGUCAAUUUCAGAGACUACGGCUCUCAUAUCGGUCACAGUGACCUCAGAUGGGGCCCACGCGGAUCUGAUUCCUCCAGUCACUCCAGCUUUCUAGAGAGCGAACAUCUGCCUGCGUCGGGUCUGCACGUCAGACGUAAUUCCUUCAGCAGCGGGUCAAAGCAAGCCUCAGAUCUGCUGGGGAAAGAUGGGGCAGACAGCGAGCCGGACAGAGACAUCGAGUUAGAGCUGUCUGCUCUGGAUAUGGAGGACAUUGAGACACUGGACUGCAAACCUGAGGAGGCUCUUUACACACAAAGAUGCUCACAGAAGAGUCAUCUCUCUAUGGGCUUCAGUACUUGCGGUUCCCAGCUGCCUGACAGAAUGGAUGCCCACCUUAUGAAGAAGAUGGCAUUCAGGAAGACCUUCUCUCCUGGAGGUCUUAGUAUGGGGAAGAUACCAAUGUGCUCACCCAGGCCUGGAGACCCCCCACGACCCAGUCCAGGACCCGAGGUUCUGCUUAACGGGAACUGAAGGGGCCGGACACAACCACCCCCUCACGUUCCAAUUCCAAGGGGUCAUGCCAAGAAUCCACCAUACUCCUUAGGUAGAAGGUAGAGUUGUCCUUAUAGGAGUCAAAUGAGGCGGCGAGACAGCGCCGGAAGCCUUCUGUAGUUACGUCUUCUCUUCAUAAGAGCUACCUAUGCCCUCUAAUUGUAAUCACAUGACAUCUAUUCCCAGUUUGUUUGUUGUUUUUUAAUCACCGCUUGUGGAUGAAUGUUCAUGUUGAGUCACAAACUCCACCUCAGGUAACUGUUGAUGUCAGCUAAUCAAAACUCACUCCAAGCUAGGAACCAAUUACCCACAUCGCGUAACUCUGUGCAAAGGUUCUCACUAGCUGAAUAAAUCAUAAUCUGCUGUAAAACGACUAUAUAAUGGUCUCUUUGGAAAGAUUAUUAUAGAUAUAUCAAUGAUAUCAAUGUUUACAAUAUAGAGUCAAAUAUAUAUCAAGAAUAACCAAGGUGCUUGGAAUUAAUAGUACUUGCAUUAUUACUGCAGUGUUGGCCGCUGAAAUGUGCAUGAAAUGUUUGUUGGGCGUCAUUCUUCGAAACAAUCAUUCAAUAUUGUUUAAAUGUACCUGUGUAUCACAUGGUAUACACAUUUCAUAGGCAAUCGUUAUUUAAGUUCUUAAAGGAAUAGUUCACACAAAAAUUGAAAUGACCACACGCAAUGGAAGUAAAUGGGGACUGGGGUCACCCUGCUCAAAAAGUUGCAUAUAUCUCCUGAAGCUGUACACUAGAUUUGGGUUCACGUACAGUAUGUAAAUUAUAAAAUAUGAUCUCUCAAGACAUGUUGUGCCAGGUUUGGACAUUGUCGGUGGUCAUUGAUGAGGCACCAUUGACUUUUGACAAUACUGCCACAAAUAAGAUGAGAGAGGUUUUUUUGCCACGUAAAUUUAGUCUUUCGUAUUUUCAUUUUUUGGUGUGCUGUUCCUUUAAUAGAUAUAAUAAGCACAAGACAGCUGUUAUGAAAACAGUGUCAUUUUGCUCAAAGAUGAAAUGCACGUACAAAUAUUCAGUGUGUUUAAACAUAGAAUACAGUUUCUCUUUGAUGUUUUGCGCAUCAGUUCUGGAUUUUUGUUUGCAGUGGACAAAACAGUAACGUCCAUUUUCAUUGCUUUCAUUUGUUGUGGUAUGACUAAAAAAAGGCCAUUUACAGGAGACUGGGUUCUAGUUAUCUUUCAGAAUUAGUGUUUACCCUUAUUUAUUGGAAAACAUUUCUAACUUCCAUGAAGUUGUUUUCAAAAUGUUGUGUAUCCGUUUAUUUGGUCUAGAUCCUAUCCACAGCAUCAACACACAAUUUUCAGGAUGAGUUCAUAUCUGAUAGACAAUUGACUUGCGUGAGAACUUCCAUACUGAGAAUUAGAUUUGUGCAAUGAAACGUGUUCCUAAGAGGGCUGAGAAUUUAUAAAGAGAUGGUAAAUUUGAUGACAUCACAUAUUAAAAACUCGCUGAUUUAAAUAUAAUUUAUUUUUCCAUCAAUAAUUUACGAUGGGACAGUUUCUGCUUUUAUGGUUUAUUCCAAAAAAACGGUAACUGAUUUAUCAUUUGUUAAAUCUUUUGCCUGGACCAGUGUCUGUUAUAUGUUUAUACAGUAUAUGUGUAUGAAUGUGCAAAUGUAUGUCUUGGUUGAGUAUGAAAAGAAUAUGAAUGCAUUAUCACUUAAGACUGUUAAAUUCUGUGCUAUUAUUGUUUUUUCCUGUUGAUAAGCUAAGAAUUGUCAAUAAGAAAUUUAAAAGAGUGCCGUUUUUUUUCUGGUCUUGGCUUAAGCGGUCUUAUUAAAUCUCACUUUGCCUCCUGUAGUCGAAAUGACAGCAAAGUCAUAUUAGUGUUUAUCUAACUCGUAAAACACAAUGUUCAGCUCAUGCUUCAUCAAUGAAAAACUUGCAAUUCAACUGUUUUUUCUCCUUUAAAUUCGUUUUCAUACUUUUAAUGAAACUGGGUUGCUAGUUAUAUAUGUUUCUUGCUAGAUGUCAAAUUGCCUUUACAAUAGUGUUUUACUUUUUUUAUCACCCAAUGCAAUGCAGCAACGCCUUAGUACGUGUUUUACGAGUGUCUAUCAGCCUGGCUUGGCUCUGUAUCAUGCAUGCUGCCUUUGACAAAGCCAUUCUUUGGCAAAGGAGGUAUGAUUGUGUAUCUGUGUCACACAACAACCCAGCGCUGUGAGUGUCCUGAACUUGUGUGGCCGUAUCUUGCAUCCUACACACUUCCUAUUGCACUUAUUGUCUGCUCUUAUGGAUUAAUAUCAGGAUUAUGAUUGUUAUUUUAUCUCCAUAGUUGUAUCGUUUUUUUCCCUUGGAAAUGUCGAUUUUGUUUGCAUCUGAAUUUUAAAAAUUUGCUUUGAUGUUAUAAUGGGGCAGGACAUUUUUGGUUGUGAUGAGCUGCUUGUAUUGUCUGUGUGCAACCGCCAAAACAGAUUGAUGUGUUGGAUAUUUUCACGUCUGUAUUAGACAUUUUAUUUGCAAAUCUAUUGUUCGAUUCAAUUGUAAAUGAAUAUAAGAUGGGCAUCCGUCAUUUUUUACAGCCAGGGCCAUCAUUAGAUGGACAUACUGCACAUUUUUAUGAUAUAUAAUCAGCUAUAUUAAAAUAUAUACGGCUAUUUAUGGUCAAAGAGAGAGAUUUUAAAAUUUAGGAAUAUCUUUUGAUGAAAUAAUAGAAACUAUUUAUGUCACUUUUUUCUUUUAAACUACCACUUGGCAAAGAUUUUCCUUUUUCUUGUGGCAAGGAAAGAAAGACUAUAUAUAGAACUGUAGCCAAUGCACUGUUUUUGGUUGUUUGUUAUUGCUCUUGUAUUUUGGCUAAGCUUUGCUCCGAUAUGUAGGGCAAGCUUGUGAGAUGAAUUUAAAGGUCAUGACACAUAGCUGCAUGGCAAGAAAAUAAACACAGUUACAUCA